UGACAAAGUGCCCCGAUGGGGUUGGGGGGACGUUAACCCCUCUGCCCCAUGGGUUGACAAGGUACCACCAUGGGGCUGGAGGGGGACGUUAACCCCUCUGCCCCAUGGGUUGACAACGUGCCCCGAUGGGGCUGGAGGGGGACGUUAACCCCUCUGCCCCAUGGGUUGACAAGGUGCCCCGAUGGGGCUGGAGGGGGACGUUAACCCCUCUGCCCCAUGGGUUGACAAGGUACCCCGAUGGGGCUGGAGGGGGACGUUAACCCCUCUGCCCCAUGGGUUGACAAGGUGCCCCGAUGGGGUUGGGGAGACGUUAACCCCUCUGCCCCAUGGGUUGACAAGGUGCCCCGAUGGGGCUGGGGGAGAUGUUAACCCCUCUGCCCCAUGGGUUGACAAGGUACCCCGAUGGGGCUGGAGGGGGACGUUAACCCCUCUGCCCCAUGGGUUGACAAGGUGCCCCGAUGGGGCUGGGGGAGAUGUUAACCCCUCUGCCCCAUGGGUUGACAAGGUGCCCCGAUGGGGCUGGGGGAGAUGUUAACCCCUCUGCCCCAUGGGUUGACAAGGUGUCCCAAUAGGGCUGCGGGAGACGUUAACCCCUCUGCCCCAUGGGUUGACAAGGUGCCCCGAUGGGGCUGGAGGGGGACGUUAACCCCUCUGCCCCAUGGGUUGACAAGGUGUCCCGAUCGGGCUGGAGGGGGACGUUAACCCCUCUGCCCCAUGGGUUGACAAGGUGUCCCGAUCGGGCUGGGGGAGACGUUAACCCCUCUGCCCCAUGGGUUGACAAGGUGCCCCGAUGGGGCUGGGGGGACGUUAACCCCUCUGCCCCAUGGGUUGACAAGGUGCCCCGAUGGGGCUGGAGGGGGACGUUAACCCCUCUGUCCCAUGGGUUGACAAGGUGCCCCGAUGGGUUUGGGGGGACGUUAACCCCUCUGCCCCAUGGGUUGACAAGGUGCCCCGAUGGGGCUGGAGGGGGGACGUUAACCCCUCUGCCCCAUGGGUUGACAAGGUGUCCUGAUGGGGCUUGGAAGGGUUAACUCCUGUGCCUCAUGGGGUGACAGGAUAUCCCGAUGGGGCUGCCAGGGAUGUUUAGCCCCUCUGACCCAUGGGGUGAUAGGGUGUCCUGAUGGGGCUGGAUGGCUGGGGACAAGGGGUUAGCCCCUGUACCCCAUGGGGGUAACACUGCAAUGGAGAUGGAGAGGGAGAGGAAGGGGUUAAACCUACCACUCCUGGAGACAAUAGUGUAACCCUAAGGCCCUGGGGCAAAAGGGGAAUGAAAGUGUUAACCCUUUCUUUUCCCCCAUAGCGGGCAAUGACAUGUCCAAGUGGGGCUGGAGUGGGUGCCAAGGUGUGGGUUAACCCUUUUUCUCUCUCCCACUUUCGAGGAUGAUGAUGCGUCCUAAUGGGGCUGGACGGGGUGGUGAGGAAGGGGUUAAUCUCCCCCAACUUUGGUAUCAGUGUAUGCUAAUGGGGUGGAUGGCUGAGGAGGAAAAAGGGGUUACCCCUUCUUCUCCCCCCAACAGGAGAUAACAGUGUGUCCUAGUGGGGCUAGAGGUGGUAGCAAGGAAGGGGAUAACCACAGUCCCCAUCUGAGGGGACAGUGUCCCCCAAUGGGGCUGGUGACAGGGAGCGCAGUAAGGAGGGAGAGUUAACCCUUCUCCCCCAUGGGGCAUGUGUGGGGCUAAUAGUAUAUCCUCGUGGGGCUGGACAGGGGGAGCAGGCUGUCACCUUAUCCCCAUACAGGUGUCAGCACCCCAGUGGGGCUGGCAACGGGGCCUGUGCAUGGGGGGGACAGCAAGGGGAGGGUUAACUCCCUCCCCACACAGAGCUACAGCACUAAGUGGGGCUGGAGAGGGGGGGCACCAUGCAUGGGGAAGCAAUGAGGGGCGUUAACCCCAUUCCCACUGGGGAAGCAAUGAGGGGCGUUAACCCCAUUCCCACACAGAUGCCAGCACCCCAAUAAGUCUGGACAUGGGGGACACUGAGUGUGGGGAAGCAGUGAAUGAGGUUAACCCAAACCCACGCUGAUGACAGCACCCCAGAAUAAAUACUCAGCCCCAGGCACCGUCGCGGUCAUGGGAAAGGACUAUUACAAGAUUUUGGGCAUCCAGUCUGGAGCCAACGAGGAUGAAAUCAAGAAAGCAUAUCGGAAAAUGGCCCUAAAGUAUCACCCGGAUAAGAAUAAAGACCCCAACGCCGAGGAGAAAUUCAAGGAGAUUGCAGAGGCCUAUGAUGUCCUGAGCGACCCCAAGAAACGAGCUGUUUAUGACCAAUAUGGGGAAGAAGGUCUCAAAACAGGAGGUGGCUCUUCAGGUGGCUCAGGGAACACUUUCCACUACACCUUCCAUGGGGACCCCCAUGCCACCUUUGCAUCCUUCUUUGGAGGCUCCAACCCUUUCGAUAUCUUCUUUGCUAGCAGCCGCUCACGAAUGUUCAAUGGUUUUGACCAGGAAGAUAUGGAUAUCGAUGAUGAUGAUGACCCUUUCAGUGCCUUUGGCCGGUUUGGUUUCAAUGGCAUUAACGGGGUUCACCGGCGGCACCAGGAGUCUCUGCACACACGGAGGAAGGUCCAAGACCCGCCUGUCAUCCAUGAGCUCAAAGUGUCCCUGGAAGAGAUCUACCAUGGCUCAACCAAGAGGAUGAAGAUCACUCGCAGGAGGCUCAACGCUGAUGGCCGGACCAUGCGGACAGAGGAUAAGAUCCUAAACAUUGUCAUCAAACGGGGGUGGAAAGAAGGAACCAAAAUCACGUUCCCCAAGGAAGGGGAUGCCACCCCGGACAACAUCCCUGCUGACAUUGUCUUCAUCCUCAAGGACAAGCCUCACUCACACUUCAAGAGAGAUGGGACGAAUGUGGUCUACACUGCAAACAUCAGUCUUAAAGAGGCCUUGUGUGGCUGCACCGUGAACAUUCCCACCAUCGACGGGCGGGUGAUCCCGCUGCCCUGCAACGACAUCAUCAAGCCGGGCACAGUGAAGAGACUGCGCGGGGAAGGGCUGCCCUUCCCCAAGGCCCCCACCCAGCGAGGAGACUUGAUCGUGGAGUUCAAAAUCCGCUUCCCCGACAGAAUAGCCCCCCAGACGAGACAGAUCCUCAAGCAACACCUCCCAUGCUCCUAGAGCCCAGGGACUCUUCUCCAAGCAGCAAUACUCCAAACGCACGUGCCACAGCAUCCGACCUGCAUGGAGCAGAGGUGCUAGAGCACUUUCAAAUGCAAAAAACCCACCUUCCUUCCCCCAAGGUCCUGUCCAACCCAUCCUUCCGCCUGCCCCUCUUGGCCUCUUUUCUACUCCAGCUGUAGAAGCUCGCAAGCGCGGGCUCCUGCCCAGCCCUUUGCGGCUCUCUUAGCUGCCAAUCUUUUUCUGUUUGUUUUCUAGAGGUCCAGCUUUUCUGCCUUGCACAAGCAAGAGGCAUGGGUUGUUUGCCCAGGGAGGUGCAUCACUUUUUUUGUUUUUUAUGUCACCUGCUUUUGAAGCCACCUUUCUGACUAGAGGAUGGACUUGUAGGAAUUUAAACGCUGUGUAAAUAGGACUUUACAUGACCUCACACCCCCGAUAUUAGUUUCCUCUUCCCCUCUUUGAUACUUGCUGCUGUUCGGGGGUCCCAGCUGUACCGAGAUGCCAAGGAAACAGUGCGUAUGGCAAAGGGAUCGCUUCUGCACACAGUGGCCACUGUAGCUGGACUGUUUCUAACCUGGGACCAUGGUACCUAGUCCUACUGCGGUCCACUCUCCUGUGCCAAGACUACAACUGAGCAUCAUCUGUGCCAAAUGAAAAUGCUGAGCUCAAAGCACUUGGUGACGGUCCCUCCUGUCCCCCUGCACCCUGCUCGGGCUGGAGGUCUUGGCUGGGUCUGCCCCACGUAACCGUGUGGAGCUGGGCCGGCAUCUCCCUGUGCCUGCUGCCAGGCCAAGACCCAAGCGAGCAGGAAGGAAGGGGGAGCCCAGGGUGGGAGCUUUCUUGUUCAGAUGUGUUGAGUUUGCAUUGCUGCUUUUUUUUUUUUUUUUUUUUUUUUUUUUUUUUUUUUUUUUUUUUAAUAUAUAUACAUAUAUAUAGAUAGCUAGAUCAACUCCAUAAGGGUUUUCUCUGCCCAUUUUGGAUUUCCUGGAGUGGUUCAUCCUGCCUUUCAGGGGAUCAGUUCAGCCAUAUGAACAUCAUGCCUGUGAGAACAUAGUAUGUGUGUAGCACAAGUUCAGGUGCAAAAGCAGAGCCAAGUGUGAGCAGAGCUGUGGUUUUUCACUAGCGUUUGAGUUCAACCUUAAGGAUUUUCAUAGGAAGAGAAAUGCACGUGUGUAUAUAUAUUUUUCUACAGGGAAGAUGAUUAAUUCAGGAGGUGUUUCUGGGCGUUGUGGUGGAGCUGGGAGGAGCAUGAGGCAAUCUGCUUGGUGGUUUUGUUUUUAAAUGCUGUAUUUUUUUAAAACUUUGGAUUUCCAUCAGGAGAAUUUUUAUAUUUCUUACCUUUGUCAGCCUAUUCUGCCUCUAGCCAAUUUUUCUCGAGAGGGGUCCUACGGAGCGGGAGGCAUGUUUGACCUGGCUUUGCACAGCUCAAAAAGCUCAUCUUCCACCGCGGCAUCACCUUCCUGGUCCAACCGACGCCAAGAAAACCGUGCCAAAAUAAUCCCCCGGCAAUCUUGUUCUUAAAAAAAAAAAAAAAAAAAAAAAUCACUGACUUGAAACGGGGUCGGGGGCGGAGGGGCCUUUGGGGCGGUCGGCGCGACGCGGCGCCGGGCCACUUCCCCUCCCUCCCCGGGGAGCUGCCGGGGGUCAGAGCCGGCGGGCAGCGCGCGAGGUGUGCGGCUGCACGGCGCGUGGCGGGGAGGCCGCGCUGCGCGCCGGCUCGGGCGCGGGGAGGUGAGCCCCGUACCGCCUCGCUUUCGGUUCAUUGACCAGUUUGAGCGGUUAGGAUACGCCGCCGUUUCCCUCCGCUGUUCCCUGCUGAGUUCGACACGCAGACCCUGGUGGACACUGAUGGAGCGAGAAGACAGGUCAGCACGCAGAUGCAAGCUGCUGGGGUUUUCUCAGUUUCAAUGAGACCUGAAUGUUUUCUAGUGUUUUCUUUUCUUUUUUUUUCCUUUUUUUGUAUUUUUUUUUUUUGUAAUGUCAGUAUUGAGAGAAAAAUAAAGUAUUUUAAAAAAUA